UUACAUCUGCAGAGCAUCCCCCGCGGAGCCCACACCCUCCAGAGCGCAGCCCGGAGAGAGGAGCCCCGCAGAGAGGAGUCCCGGUGCAGAAUGAAGCGGAGUACCGGCUCUGACACGCUCUAACCCGAGGCGGACCAAAGCGGGAUAAACUUGGACUGAACUCGCACUUGACUCACCGCAGAGAUGUCCUCCAGCCCGGAGCUCACGGGAGACCUGACGGCAGAGCGCGCCGGGUCAGGAGCGAGGAUGAACGGCCACUGCGCGCACGACACCCCGCUCCAGAACCGCGCAGCAGACCGGGACUGGAGCCGCACCGACCCCGGGAAAGAGGCGAGGGCCGCGGGGGGCAUGAAGGUGACCGACGGAGGGGACGAGGAGGACGGUCUUCUUGAGUCCAGUCUUCGUCUGAAGCCUCAUGAGGCUCAGAGUUUCAGGAGAAAAGCUCUGGCCGUGUCGUGGGUCAGUGUGGUGGUCACUACAGCCCUGGCCAUCGCCGCGUUCAUCGUGUCGUUCAUGAGGCACAGCUCUUCUGCCUUUGGAUUCGCAUUCGACGCGUCGCUGGACGUUCUGUCGUCCGCCAUCGUCCUGUGGAGGUACAGCAACGCAGCAGCAGUGCACUGUGCCCACAGAGAGCACGUAGCGUGUUUGGUUCUGGCCGUUCUCUUCGUUCUCUCGUCCUUUUGCAUCAUGGGAAAAGCUGUGCACGACCUCAUCACCAGGAACCCCCCGGAACUGGACGACUUCCUGUUGAGCGUGUCCGUCCUCAGUGGGGCGCUGUGUUCUGUUUUGGCCAUUUUAAAAAUGUUUUUGGGUCGAGUCCUGACGAGCCGCGCCCUCAUCACCGACGGCUUUAACUCCCUGGUGGGGGCGCUCAUGGGGUUCUCUAUCCUGGUGAGUGCUGAGGUCUUUAAGAACCAUCCGGACGUUUGGUUUUUGGACGGAACAAUCGGAGUUUUGAUCGGAGUCGUCAUCCUCGUCUACGGCGUCAAGUUGUUGGUGGACAUGGUUCCUCGAGUUCGUCAGACCAGACAGUACGAGCGCUUCGACUGAUCCUCUGUCUCUCUCUCUCUGUCUCUCU